CCAUUCACCCCGAGCCAAACAAUAGACCCGCCGGGUCCUAGCGCGGCUCGGGUUCGCGGCCGGCGCAAUACUUCGGCAAACCUCCCAGGUCCUAGCGCUCAGUUAGCCCACUGACAAAAACACGACAGCUCGUCAAAAUAUGUGUGUGUGUGGGGACAGGGAGGUGGGCGCGGCUGUGGUUGUCGUGUGUGUAUGAGCCUUAAUAUUUUACGUCUGAAGGCUUGAGGACGCGGUCCAGUUGGCAAGCUAGCUACCAUGCUAACCGAGCUUAGAUGGGCUGUGGAAGCUAGCUUAGUAAGCUAAAAUGAAUUGAAGACAACGGGAAGUGAAGGUGGAGCUCAGACCAGCAAACUAACAUGGCAAAUAAGCCACUGAGCUCUACCCUGAGAACUCACACUGAGAACUACCCUGUUGACAGGCCGGUCCUUUGGCUCAUGGUUGCCUUACGUUUUGUCCUCGAACCUGUGUGUCAAUAGAGGAACAUUUCCCAAAUGCUAUCGUUGCGCUUUGAUGUUACCUUUCCAGGGACAAAACCAAAGGCAUAUUGACUUGGAUGCUACGUUUGAUACUAUUAGCAUGUGUCUCGCCGUAUUUGACUGCUGAAAUGAUGUCCAGACUGAUGCCCCCCCCUGUACAAUAACAUCUUUACGGCUCUUUACUUCAAAUAAAUCCACAUUACACGCGAGUAUUGUUGGGGAGAUUAUGCAUCAGAAUAACUAGGCCACUUAUUCUGGUGGGAAAGAAAACACUGAUCAACCAACUCAGCCAACACUGCCUCUGCUACCAAGCGGCCACCAUGGUUAAUGUGGGUCAAAUAAAAUAAGUUACAUCCACCCGUCGUAGGCUGAGGGACCUCUGGGGAAGAGUGCAGCAAGAAUGUGAAAAAAAGGUUGGAAACCAUGACUCUUAGAAAAGAGGACAUGUGCAUAUACGGACACUGCCCAGCGCAGGAUGAAUUCUACCUGGUGGUGUGCAGCCACUGUGGGCAAGUGGUGAAGCCGCAAGCUUUUGAGAAGCACUGUGAGCGACGCCAUGGCCCCCUCAGCAAGCUUUGUGGCCCCCACUCUUCCCUUUCAUCUCCCCCGCCACAUUGGCCACAACUGGGGCGACCACCCACCCAGCACAGUGGUCUUCAUGAGAGUAGGGAUGGAAAGCAGCAAGGGGCUGGACCCCCUCGAGUUCCACCACUGCAUCCUCCCAUUAACAAAUCUCCAAAAGCCCAGAAAGAAGGAACCAGUAUUUUGCAGCUUGAUAAGUUCUCCCAUGGGAGCCCUUCAUCACCUCCCUAUUUGUGCACACCAACUCCUCGAGACCCACCAUGGCAUCCGGGGUCUACACCACCCAAAAAGCCCCCUCCAUCAGAGAAGCCACUGCAGAAGGGAACGGACAUGCACAAGCCCCUGCCUGGACCCAGGACAUAUAGCAGAACUUACAAAAAAGUUCCCAAGAAGGAAUGUGACUUGGAUAAGCACUGUGGAGUUCUUGAUCCUGAAAGAAAAAAACUCUGCACUAGGCUGCUUACAUGUAAUAUUCACUCUAUCCACCAGCGCAGACAGGUGGUGGGGAGGAGUAAGAGCUUUGAUCAACUGGUUUUGGAACUCAAAAUGAGCUCUAAAGCUCGGGAGCGGGCUCCUCCUGUGAUUAGAGACGUGCCUGAAGAAAGUUCUCCCUGUCCUCAGGCCCCCACAGGAGAUCCAGUGCCCCAGCCCUGCAGGCGGCAGAUAGCCAGCUAUGUUUCUCUCAGGACUCCAUCAGAGAGUGGUGUGGAGGUGGAAGAGCAGGGGCUGUGCUCUGAGGAGAGAGAAGGCAUACCGGCCCAGUGCCCUCCACCUCAUUCAAUGUCUCUCUCCAGUGAGGAAAGCGAUGGUGAAAACCAGGAAGAAUCCACAGAUCUACCCACCAGCACAUGCCACCCCAAACCUUUGGGGCUGUGUACUUUCGGCGCGCGUGUGCUGGGAUGUAGCGUGUUGGCGUUCGACCGCAGGCUCUUCCACCUGCGCUCUGCGCUCAGUGCCAUGGUGGAGCACCAUCUCAGCGCCCACCUGUGGAAGAAAAUCCCUCAGGUGUCUGAGCUGCACUCUCAUCACUCUCCAUUAGCUUUUACAUUUGCUUCUCAGUCCCACAAUGCUCUGCGCAGCCCACCUAGCAGAGUCCCUGCCCCGAGUGCCUCCUCUCUUAGGACUAGCACCUCCUCUGUCCCCAGGCGUCCCCUUGGGGACACCAGCACCUCAGGACAAUCAGAGCCUAGGGCCUCAAACAGAACGCCCCCCUCCAAAACCCUGACCAAAGCACCCGAAGUCUCUGGCCCCGGCCGACCUCGGAACCCUGUGGGCCGCCCCAGCAAGCAAACUCUGCAGGCCAGGCUUGGGCAGCUGCAGGACAGCCCCAUGGCCAGAAAGCGCAAGAAGUCCCCCCCGCAGAAAGAAGACUCAGCGGGCCAGAACAGGAGCUUCUCGAGCCCAAAAGAUCGACAACCUUCCUCCAGACCAUCCCUCUCCCCUUCUCACGGACCAAUCAAUGGCGUCUUUUCGCCAGGCAGUAAGCCGCAGCCACAGCUCCACGUUUCUGAGAUGCAGGGCUUGGCCAAGCAAAGCCCCACCCCUAUUCCUUCCCACAUGUCUCCACCCUCUCCCCCCGAAUCCUGCUCUAAUGAUGGUGGAGGUGCCUCAGGGCUGCACCGGAAGGCUCUUGGCCACGAUCACAAAGGUCCCAGCAGGAAACGCAAGACCAGCGGUGCCUCUUCCCCCGAGCCUCCCCCACGCCACCCCAAACCCAACAGCCUAUCCUCCUCCCACUCCCCUUCCAGCCUGUUCUCCUGGAGGAGAGACAGCAAGACAAGGCCAGUCUCGCUCAGUAUGGAGAAGAAACUGGAUGCACAGAAGCCAAAGCUUCAUCACUAAGGGCAGUCUGCCUUAAAACCCACCAGGAGUUAAAAGCCUACUGCCAUGUUUUUGCGACAAACUUUAUGCACAGGACGUUCAAAGCGUUUGCAAUUCACCCCAGGAGGAUGUAAGUGUGUAUGUUUUUGUGUGUGUGGGUGUGUGUGCGAGAGAAUUUUGUACAUUGAAUUUACGUAUGUGAAUGGAUGAAUUGAAUUCCUGUGUGUGAGUAUAGAAAUACCUCAAGUCCUACCUUAUGCUGCUAAACAAUGUCAGAUGUUGAAAUAUAAAAUAAAUAUCCCAUACACUUGAAUGAA